AUGAGUCUAAUACCGAAAACUGUUAAUCCCGAUUUACAAAAGGAACGUCAAAAAGCUUCUUUCAAUGUUGAAGAUUUUGCUUUGUGGUAUCAUGGCGGUGAAGAGAAAUUAAAAUUCAAGAGAUAUUUAGGUGAGUCUUAAAUCAAAGAUUUGGACGAUAAACGUAAUAACUUUCAAGAUUGGUCACACGAAGACAUUUUCGCUGAUGCUGUAAAGAAUGGCAUUGAAUUGGCUAAAAAAUUGCGAAAAUUACAGGAGGAAGUAAAUCCUGGCGGAAAUGAUAUCUGGCCCGCCCUCUAUGGUUGCCCGGAAACAUGGGGUGCCAUACCCUCGGGAAAUCCAUUCUCGGUGCAUUUUGCCAUGAUGGUGGGUUGUAUUCGUCAACAGGGUACCGAUGAACAAUACGAAAAAUUCGGUAAACGUGCUGAGAAUUUCGAAAUAACUGGAGCCUAUGCUCAAACGGAGUUAGGACAUGGAACAUUUUUGAGAGGCCUGGAAACCCGGGCUGAUUUCGAUCGUAAAACCGAUGAAUUUGUUUUGAAUACACCAACAAUUACUGCCUACAAAUGGUGGCCAGGAGGAUUGGGUCAUGCAGCCAACUAUUGUGUGGUGGUGGCCAAUCUCUAUAUCGACAAUGAGCCCAAAGGUGUGGCCAUGUUUAUGGUGCAAUUGCGCGAUGAAAAAACCCACAUGCCUUUGCCCGGCAUCGAUGUGGGUGAUAUUGGUAAGAAAAUGGGUUUUGCUGGUGUCAAUAACGGCUAUUUGGGUUUAAAGAAUGUACGCAUUCCGCGCACGAAUAUGUUAAUGCGUCAUUCACAGGUUUUGCCCGAUGGCACAUAUGUUAAAAGUCCUGCCUCCGUUUUGGCCUAUUUCACCAUGGUCUUUGUUCGUUGUUUGAUUGUGCGCAACAAUUCGACCAUGUUGUCAAUGGCUGCCACCAUUGCAACACGUUAUUCCGCGGUACGACGACAAAGUCCCAUUAAUCCCAAAGAACCUGAACCACAAAUUAUUGAUCAUGUUACCCAACAAAUGAAGCUGUUCCCCGAAAUUGCCACCGCCAUUGCCUAUAGGCUGUCAUCGAACAAACUGUGGCAGCUGUAUGAUCAGACUGCUGAGGAUAUUAAACGUGGAGAAUUUGGCCGUCUUCCGGAAAUGCACGCCUUGGCCUGUUCGUUGAAGGCUUUGUGUUCCCGAGAUUCCGCAAAUGGUGUAGAACGUUUGCGUUUGGCCUGUGGUGGUCAUGGUUAUUUGGCUUCGGCAAAUUUGGCCAAUCUAUAUUCCGCUGCCACAGCUGCUUGUACUUAUGAAGGGGAGAAUACUGUAUUGCUGUUGCAAGUUGGUAGAUUCCUGAUGAAAUCUUGCCGCAUGUUAAUGGCCGGUAAGCCCUUGGUGCCAACAAUUUCCUAUUUGGAAGAUGCCAUUAAAGUUAAUGGUCUUGAGCGUUGGACUGGUUCCUGGCAAAAUAUUCUACAGGCUUUACAAAUUGCCACGGCACAUAAAAUUCGCAUCACUUUUGAAAAUCUAACUGCUCGCCUUAAGGCCGGACAAACCGAGGCUGAAGCUGCCAACAAUACUGGUAUUGAAUAUACACAAGCUGCUGAGUUACACGGCACCUGUUUUGUUGCUGCCACCUUCUUGGAAGAAGUAACUGGUUCCAAUGCAAGGACCAGAAGUCCAGCACUUAAUAAAGUUUUGGAAAACCUCUUGGAAUUGUUUUUGGUUAAUACUGCUCUAAAGAAUAUGCAUGAGAUUUUGAGAGUUGCCAACAUUACCGCUAGCGAGCUGAAUGCCUUGCAAACCCGUUUAGAGGAUGCCCUUAAGGCUUUACGCCCUGAUGCUGUGGCUAUUUGUGAUGGUUUUGAUUAUCAUGAUCGGAAUUUAAAGUCCACACUGGGUUCCUAUGAUGGCAAUGUCUAUGAACGAAUCUUUGAAGAGGCCAAAAAGAGUCAAUUGAACAAGAAACCUGUACCGGACGUUUUCUACAGCCACUUGCAACCGUUUAUGCAAUCGAAAAUGUAA